GAUUUCUACCGUGUAGUAAACAUGGUAGCUAAUGAGCGAUAGCUUUAUCUACAAUAAAAUUAAUACGUUUUGUCCGUUGCGGGUCCAGCUGUGUGCGUUUGGACGGCCUUUUAACCAAUUAAAUGUUUAAGGAUUAAGUUUGAACACGGAAUUGCGGUGGAGCGCCAGUUUUUUGACGACUCGCAGCAGUGACUGACCGUGUAUGAAGAUGAAGACUCCUGAAGGAAAAUCUGCCUUUCUGCUAGACGCUUCUCUGCUAUAUAAAGACACAUGUCCGGAGUUAUCACGGUUCUUCCUGCAGUGGCGUAUGAAAGCGAACGAACAACCGAAGCAGAUAUACCCCUGUCUGUUGCAGAACACCUUGGCGUGUCCUCACUGUUAUCAGUGGCUACAGCCUGACAAUCACCGGAUACGGCUGCGGCCCAAGCAGUGUCCGUCAGCACGGGUGCAGAGUGUCCUGCGCAGGAAAGCCAAGGGCAAACGACUCAGCCUGGUGCAGAAAAACCUGCUGCACCGCUUCCAGAAGUCCUCCUCAGUACUGAUGGCCACCUGCCACACUUGCAAUACGACAACCAGACACAAAGGAAUGAACAGGGACUUUAUAGCUACCCUCACUAAGGCUCACAGCACACCAGGGAGUGCUGGCAAACACAAGACCCCACAGUCAACCAACAGAGCCAACAUGACUACCCCCAAAACUCCUGGCAAAGACAAGACACCUGUUCAUACACCUAGGUCCUCCACCUCCUCUAACACUCCAGGGUCAGCAUCCUCCAAGCCUGCCUCCAAACCUAAAAAUUGGGUCGUCCAGCGUCUCAGCAAGAUACUCCUGCGAGAGGAUAGCCAGGGCAGCAAGAAGGGAGGCUUAAAAGAUUUUCUGUCCUCACUUUGAGUAUCCCCCAAAUGCAUCUUGUAUUUUAUGUAUACUCUUACAAACAAGGGGUUAGACGCAUGCUGUAACUUGUUUACACCAAAGGAUAAGGGGGAACUUAUGAAAGUAACUUUGGUUUCCUAGCCAGUGUGGGAAGGGUUACAGUUUGCCCGCCAACACAACUGUUGCUGGGCUGUUUGGAAUGGCACUCCUGCUAAUUGGGAGCACUGGGCUGGUUGUUUAAACUAUUAAUCAGGGCUACUGCAUCCUCUGCUGAGCCAGUCGGAGGAGAAUGCUUAUUUUGUCUAAUUUAGCUCGUGUAAUCUCCUAAACUGGGGAUGGUAAUUUUAAGUGGAAUUUUAAAGUGGAAUAAUUCAGUAUUUAUCAAAUGGCUGAAACCUCGCCCAACUUUGCGCUGGAUGUCCAACUUUGUUCUGGGAUGGCGUUUGUGGCAUGACAAACUGGUUUACAUGCAAAUAUCUUUCUCCAUUUUCGAUUUUUGUUUUUCUAAAUCAUCUUCAUACUACUUGAUGUUUAAACUUUUGUAUUUGAAGUUAUUUACUCGCUUUAUUUUUUGUCCCUCUUCAGUGAGAUGUCUGUGUAAAUUCAUUUGAUAUGGCACUAAACAUGACAAAUGUAUAUAUGUUGGUGCCACCGUUCUAUUUUUGUACAUGCAUACAAAUGAUUUUGAACUUUGACUGUGCACAGUCACCAGUGAAGAUAUUUGUAAUUAUCUAAAAUGGGACUCGUCAGUUGCUGUUUACACUGAUUAGGCACAUCUGCCUAAAACCUGUAUAGAAAGACCUAUUGACAGUCAAUAGUGUCAAGACUUUUUCUUUCUUUCUUUUAAUAUUUUCUUUGUCUUUGUUUUGUAAGGUUACUCUUUUCAUCUUUUGUUAAGAGCAGGAAUUUAAAUAUAUCUUUUGAAUUUUGUACUGCCUGAUUAACUACAUGUUUUCCAUUAGCUAGUCAAUGAACAAUAUGUGUUUAAAUCCUGAAAUACCUCACAUUUGUAUUCCACCUACACUGUGAUUCUCUGAAAUAAAACCUUUUCAGUCUGUGAA